AUGGACUGGGAUUGGAAGAUUAAACUGGCAUUUCCAAAUCUGCUCAUUCCACCGCUUUUUGGUAAGGGAUCCCUGAUGGAUCAGGGCAAUCCAAGAUUAGGUGUUAAAUGGGAAGCGCCAGAGCCUAGGUGGUUUAAGGUAAACUUUGAUGGUUCUUCUACUAGAAAACCGGGUCAAAGUGGUAUUGGGUGUAUACUAAGGAACUCUGAUAGUAUCUGUAUAAAAGAAAUCUCGGAAAAGAUUGGAGUUGCCACUAUCAACGAAGCUGAAUUCAGAGCGACUCUAAGAGGACUGCAGCUAGGGUUGGAGCUUGGGGUGCAGAGAAUUCAUCUGGAGGGAGACUCACUUCUUGCCACCGAGUCGUGGCUCUCUACAGUCAUUAUUGGUCUGUGUCGGUUUGCGCCCCGUGGCAAUUGGACAUGUGUGUACUUUUAA